GCCAAAAUGUAUAAAGCUCGGGCGGUAUUUAGUUCAUUGACACCCUUGGCUCCACGUGUCUGCGGGGGCGAGAGGUUUGCAUCAUGGUUGGUCCGCAGCAACCCAACAAUUCGUACAUCGAAAGCUAUUGCUGGUGUUGAACCUGCCCGAAGAUUCGCUAGUAAAGUUGCGACCGAACCGUUCCUCAAUGGAAGUUCCAGCUCCUAUGUCGAGGAAAUGUACAACGCAUGGCUUCAAGAUCCAAGCAGCGUUCAUGUGUCAUGGGAUUCAUUCUUCCGUAAUAGUACCGCGGGAGCGGCUCCUGGGUUUGCUUACCAAGCACCACCAUCUCUAGCGCCGAGUUACAAUCAGGUGCCACUUGGAUCUCUAUUGCCGGCUCUGGGAGGAGGCUCUCAAGUUGGUCAAGUCCCUGUUAAUGAAAAAGCCCGGGGUCAUUUAGUAGCUGAUUUGGAUCCCCUUGGUAUUAUGAGAACCGAUGCAGUACACACACAUUACGCAGCCCGCAAAGGGGCACCUGAACUUGUUCUCCGACAGUACAUGCUUGGUAAGAUCCGAGGGCAUCAUAUCGCUAAAUUGGAUCCACUUGGCAUCAACAGUGCUGAUCUUGAUGAUAAGCAUCCCCAAGAGUUACUGUACUCUUAUUAUUCAUUUGGAAAGAAUCCUCGCACCACUUACUCUCAGGACCUACAAUAUCGAGUAGCUGCACUCAUGAAAAAGGAAACCGAUAUGGACCGCGUGUUUAAGCUUCCAUCAACAACUUUCAUCGGUGGUAAAGAAAAAUCUUUGCCACUUCGUGAAAUCCUUCGUCGUUUGGAAGGUGCUUACUGCGGACACAUUGGUGUAGAGUUCAUGUUCAUCAACUCUUUGGAGCAGUGCAACUGGAUCCGUCAAAAAAUGGAGACUCCUGGAAUAAUGGAGAUAACUAAUGAUGAGAAACGUUUGAUCUUAGCUCGUCUUACCCGUGCUACUGGCUUUGAAGCUUUCUUGGCCCGUAAAUGGUCAUCAGAGAAGAGAUUCGGUUUGGAAGGUUGUGAAAUUUUAAUUCCAGCGAUGAAGCAAGUAAUUGACAAGUCCACCGAAUUGGGAGUUGAGUCGAUCGUGAUGGGAAUGCCGCAUCGUGGUCGUUUGAAUGUAUUAGCAAACGUGUGCCGGAAACCUUUGAAUCAGAUAUUUACGCAGUUCGCAGCAUUGGAGGCAGCCGAUGACGGUUCUGGAGAUGUCAAGUACCACCUGGGAACUUACAUUGAGCGCUUAAAUCGUGUAACAAACAAGAACAUCCGCCUGGCUGUCGUUGCCAAUCCAUCUCAUUUAGAAGCUGUUGAUCCCGGUGUAGUCUUCGAAACGAUGCACUUGUCAGACUUGCCAGACUACACAACUCACGGAACAAUCCACAUCGUAGCUAACAACCAAAUAGGAUUCACAACUGACCCGCGACACUCUCGCUCCUCUCCAUACUGUACCGACGUCGCCCGAGUCGUCAACGCUCCAAUUUUCCACGUGAACUCCGACGAUCCCGAGUCAGUGAUGCACGUCUGCAAGAUAGCAGCAGAGUGGCGCGCAACAUUCCACAAAGAUGUAGUCAUUGAUCUCGUGUGUUACCGUCGUAACGGACACAAUGAAAUCGACGAGCCAAUGUUCACCCAGCCGCUUAUGUACCGUAAAAUAAAGAACACUCCACCCGGACUGGACAUCUACUCGAAGAAGCUGAUCGACGAGGGUGUCGUCACCCCGGAAGAAGUCAAGGACGUAAAAGAGAAGUAUGAAAAAAUUUGUGAAGAAGCUUACACCAAUGCUCGCCAAGAAACUCACAUAAAAUACAAAGAUUGGCUCGACUCUCCCUGGUCAGGAUUCUUUGAAGGCAAAGAUCCGCUUAAAGUAUCUCCAACUGGGAUUAAAGAAGACACUCUGGUCCACAUUGGUAAGAAAUUCUCAUCACCACCACCGAAUGCCGCGGAGUUUGUUAUCCACAAGGGUAUCGAGCGUAUCUUGAAGGCGCGUAUGGAGAUGAUUGAGUCGAGACAAGUCGACUGGGCGCUGGGAGAAGCUAUGGCCUUUGGUUCGCUCCUGAAGGAAGGAAUCCACGUGAGAUUGUCUGGCCAGGACGUAGAGAGAGGCACCUUCUCUCACCGGCACCACGUACUUCACCACCAGACUGUUGACAAAGCUACUUACCGGCCUUUGUGCUACCUGUACCCGGAUCAAGCUCCCUACACCGUCUGCAACAGCUCGCUGUCUGAGUUUGGAGUUCUUGGAUUUGAAUUGGGGUACUCGAUGACCAACCCGAACGCCCUGGUCUGCUGGGAAGCUCAGUUCGGAGACUUCAACAACACUGCUCAGUGUAUCAUCGACCAGUUCAUCAGCAGUGGACAGGCCAAGUGGGUUCGUCAAUCUGGUAUUGUCAUGCUACUACCCCACGGUCUAGAAGGUAUGGGCCCGGAACACUCCAGUGCUCGGCUUGAGCGGUUCUUGCAGAUGUCUGCUGAUGACCCAGACUACUUCCCGCCUGAGAGCGAGGAGUUCGCUGUCAGACAGCUGCACGACAUCAACUGGAUCGUUGUUAACUGCAGUACUCCUGCUAACUAUUUCCACGUCUUGCGUCGGCAGAUUGCUCUGCCUUUCAGGAAGCCUUUGAUUAUCAUGACUCCUAAAUCGUUGCUCCGUCAUCCUGAGGCAAGGUCUAGCUUUGAUGUCAUGACGGAAGACACUCAGUUCUUGAGAGUCAUUCCUGAGGAUGGAGCUGCUGCUAAAAGUCCUAGCAAUGUUAAGAGAGUGUUGUUCUGCUCUGGAAAGGUUUACUAUGACCUCAAGAAAGCACGGACUGAGAGAGGGUUGGAUGACAAGGUUGCUAUCACCAGGGUAGAACAGAUCUCACCAUUCCCAUACGAUCUUGUGAAGCAAGAAGCAGCUAAAUAUCCAAACGCUGAACUUAUCUGGUCUCAAGAAGAAGCUAAGAAUCAAGGAUCUUGGACUUACGUUCAACCGAGAUUCUCCACGGCUCUCAGCCACUCACGUGACAUUUCGUAAGUUUAUUUUUUAAAUUAAUAAUAUUUUUUUCUUGGAUUACUAAUCACUAAAAUUGCUCUUCAAUUAACACUUAUAACUUAAUAAUAAUUUAAGCAGUCAUUUUUAUUUAUUCUUAAUUUUAAGUAAUAAGUGUUGAUUAAAUUUUUAUUUUGAUAUUUUAACACUCGUUAUAGUUAUUUUAUUUUAAAUGAACGGUGUAAUGAAAUUAUUUUUCACUUGACUGUAAACAUGGCCCACGUUUUCGCUUAAGUGAUUAUUUAGUUUUUUUUUUUUAUUGAGUCAAAUUACUGUUUACAAUUAAUUGAAAUUAAAAUAAAUACAUUCAGUAUAGGAUUAUUAAAAAAAAAUUUAUUUUAUUAUUUCUAUUUUCAUAAAUAAUUUAUAAAGUAAAGUAAAAAAAAUGUUGGGCCAUGUUGCAGUAGCCGAAGUUCGAGUGAAAGUAGUGGUGGUUGGUUAAGUGGAUUAUUUUCUUCAUCAAAAACACCUUCCAAGUCAGAAAGUAUUACAGAAAAAUCUACUGAAUCAAAAUCACGAACUGUGAGGUAUGUCGGACGUCCCACAGCGGCUUCACCAGCCACUGGUAGUAAAAUGCAGCACCUGAAAGAACUUAAACAACUUUUGGACGAUAGUUUUAAUUUAUAA